AUGUCGAACAAAACUUCUGUCUUGCUAGACACGCGUCGAAACAAUAAAGCUGCGGGACGCGAAACUUACCGGAAUCCUGGCCUCAGCAAGGCCAGUGACGCCACGAACAGCACAAGUGAUCGCCUCAAGGACAAGGCCGGUUCCUGGUCUGUCCGACCGUGGUGGAAUCCGCUUUGGGCUGUGCCACGACAACUUGACAAGAGCAAUUGGGACAAGGCGUUCGGCCCGCACUUUACUGUUGGAAUUUUCUGA